CCGGAAAAAUAAAAAUAAAAAAUGAGUUUGCGCGUGUCCUGGCAAAAGUUUAGUGGCCUUCUAUAAAAUAAAAUCAUAAUAACGUUUAAAGACAAUAGUAAUUAAAUAAUAAAUUAAAAAAAGUUAAUAUUUAAAUUUAAAAUAACCAGUAUAAAUUUAAAAAAUACUUGAUUACUCAGUAAUAGUAAAUAAAAAUUUAAAUGUCAAUUAUUUAAGUCAACAUAACCUCAAUCAACAAACCGCCAUUUUUUUUACCCGAAAAAAAGUUAAUAACUUUUUGGUAAUUAGCUUAUGAAGAAUAAGUUUAUUAAUACAACUGCCAGUUAAUUGUUAGGUGAGUUAUAAAAUGCCAAAUCGCGCGUAUCCCAAGAGAGCUGAUGUUGCUGAAAAAGAAGCUUGGUCUUGGUCUGAAUCUGUGUCUCCAGAUAAUAUAACUAAUGAACACUUAGACCUAGCGUACAGAGUUUCAUUAAAUAUUUGUAAGAAUUGCAAGCGUAACUGCAGUUAUAACCCACGAUGUCUCGUAGGACUAGGCGAAGAAAAAUACUUGAAAUCCCAGCCUAUCGAGUCAGCGUCUCUCGAAAGUUCACUAGCAGAGCUCCGGGACCCGACACAGUACGUCGGUUUAAAAAAUUUAGGCGCCACAUGUUACGUAAACAGUCUCAUCCAAGUCUGGUUCCACAACGAAGACAUGAGGCGAAUAAUCUACAAGUGGAACAUCACAGAAGACCCGGAGGAACGCGAGUCACUGCAACGUUCUCAGGGCAAAAACUCCCCGUACCAGCCAGUGACAGUCGUCGGUCAGCUCCAGUACAUCUUCGCCAUGAUGCAGUUCGGAAAUCGUCGUCUCCUAGACCCAACAAGUCUCGCCCGCGCGUUGUCCCUCGACACCGGAACCCAACAAGACGCCCAGGAAUUUUCAAAGCUUCUUCUCGCCCACAUCGAAGGUAAAAUCCAGCAGAACCAUCACUUAAAAACUCUUCUCCAGCGUCUCACCCAAGGAACUUACAUCUACGUCAAUCGUUGCUCCACCUGCAGUACCGAGUACGAGACUCCCACGACCUUCUACGAGCUAGAUCUCCAGUUAGCCCCGACUUUAAAGCAAGCGAUCGGUAAUUAUUUAAGCGAAGAAGAUCUCUCCGGUACCAACAAGUAUUUAUGCAUGAACUGCAAAGAUAAACGUGACGCAAAACGUUUUAUCAGACUCAAUACCCUUCCCGAUACUCUAAACUUCCAGCUCCUGAGGUUCGUUUUCCACAGGGAGUCCGCGCAAAAAAAAAAAUUGACCUCGUCGAUCCAAUUCCCCGAGGAAUUGGACAUGUCCGAGUAUUUAAACUGUCCGGCGGGAACCCAUCUGUACUCUCUGGUCGCUGUCCUAAGUCACAAAGGACCUUCUACACACUCUGGACACUACAUAGUCAACAUAUGCAAGUCCUCCGACGAGUGGUACCAGUUCAGUGACGAUAAAGUCGAGCGCAUGCACAACAAACGCAUAGAAGACGGGAUAAAUGACGGCGGGGGUAAAGUUAAGAAGACUAAAAUUUUAAAAGGAUGCUUGUCAUCAAACAGCGCUUACAUGCUAGUCUACAAACGUCUCAGCAAGGAACGAUCUGCUGCUAAAGAGUCACUUAAAUUAAAUGAUAGAAAUAAUUUAGCUGAUGACGAAAUAUUUAAAGACAACGAUAACGAUAAAAAUAAAAUAAAGAUAAAGGAUUUGAAUAUAACAGACAAUGGGAAGAGAAAAGAACCAGUGGAUCUAGAUCCUGAUGACUCCCCGUCACUUUUUAGUCCGAGCAAAAAAUAUAAGAGUGAUGAUGAUCAGGUCAAUGAUAAGGAAUUCGAUGAACUGAUGGAAGUUGGUGACAAAAAUAGUCACGUAAAAUCAGCUGUCCGUAAGAUUGCGUUUGAUGACAAAGUAAAUCAAGAAGUCAAUGACGUUGACAGCUGGGAAAAAAAAUACAGGUCAUUAAAUGGCGACGCUCAUCGAGCAAUGAGUUGUUGCAAGCGUGAUUACUAUGAGAAUCUUGAGUUUGACAAGUGGGAGUUGAGUGAAACUUUGAGGAAAAUAGUGAGACAGGAGAACGAUACGCACCAGGACAGUUUGCUGGCGAUACAGGAGGAGAAUCUGAGGGAAAUUGACAACCAGAAUAUCAAGAGACAGGAAGUUAUUGACUUGUAUGGAAUCAUUGGCAAGGGAGACUGGAACGAGUAUGAGUGGAUUCCCACUAGCUGGUUAACGAAGUGGUUAAAUGAUCACUCGGGUAACCCGGAAGCUGUUGUGCCGGUAGACAAUUCGGUGCUGAUGUGCUCGCACGGGCGGCUCGAUCCAUUGAAAAUAAACCGGGCGAAAUGUGUGCCUCGGGAAGCAGCGGAAAUGAUUUUUAAAAAAUACAAAGGCGGCCCGAGGAUGGACAACAAGUCGCUGUGCGAGGGCUGCGUGAAAAGGAGGUGCCGGGUCCUGAGGUUUCAGGCAGAGUUGGAGAGAGACAAGAAGGAGGUGAUGGAAAUAAUGAAGCAAAUAAAGGAAUUUAAUGAGGAUUGUUUUAUUGUUGGGGCUAAUUCACUGAAAAACUGGAGGCGGCUGGCUAUGGAGCUGCUGGAUGACAAGGACAACCAGGGUGAUAAUUGUGGGUUCGAUGAUCAUGAGCAUCAGGAGGAACAUCAUGACGCUGAUGAUGAGGCUGAUAGGAUUCUUAAUUUUAACGAGGACUUACAUUGCGAGCAUGGGGAGCUCAGGACUCCGGAUGCGGGGAGGAAAAUUGUACCGGCUGCGGCUUGGAGUAUUUUGAAAAAGUAUUUUCCCAAGGCGGCUGAGUACCCGUAUGGGGCUGCGGCUUGCAUGCUUUGUGAGGAGAAGGUUGAGAAUGCGGAGAAGGCGAAAAAAGAUGAUAAGAUCAAGGCCAAGAUGCAGAAAGAAGAGCUGGGGGAUUUGUAUUAUAUGAAGAAUAGGGUUGAUAUCACCAAGUGCGAGGGCAAAGUCUUCUAUGUUGUGGAGAAAGGAUUCUUGGACUCAUGGAAAUCAUUUAUUAGAAGUGGCGGCCGGCAUCCGCCGACGGAAAUAAAUAACGACAAGCUACUUUGCCAGGAUCACAAGGGUUUCGUCCACAAGCCAAUCAUGUCCACCGAAAAGAAAUACAGUAUAGUAACCUCCGAAGAAUGGGCAAAACUAUCAGAUUUCUACAAAACCGACUGUUCAAUCCAAAUCACCUUCUCCGAGAACGAUUUCCACACAGUGCCUGAACAAUGUAACUCUUGUAUAGAAGCUAGGGAAGAACAGGAGAGAAUGGACUUAUUAACGUAUGAAAACGCCUCUAUUUUUAUUCAGUGCGUCGAAGGAGCCGAAGAACCCGAGAGUGCUGUUAAGAGCUCACGACCCUCGAGAUCGAGAAGAAAAGCCAAAGGAUCGCAUGAGCUUAAAGUUUCCUCACAAAUCACACUCAAAGAGCUCAAAGUUAUGACGAUGAACAUUUGCGGUGCGCCGCCGAUGGAUCAACACUUACUUCUAGGUGAACAUGAACUCGAGGAUAGCUCGCAGCACAUUGGCGCUUUAGGUGUUUACCCGGGAGCGAUGCUAAGGCUGAAGAUUGAUACUCCUCAAGAUGGUGAAACAAAUCCAGAAUCGGAUUCCGUAGGACCAGAAGCUGCAUCCCCAGAAAAAGGUUUUAAGGGCACAGAGUUAGUGUCCAGUUGAUCAAUACACGAAUGGAUCUAUCAAUAAUAAUAAUUAUUUUAACAAUACUAAUAAUAAUAAUCAUGAUAAUAUAAUUUAAAAAUUAAUAUACUAGAGAAUAAAAUAAUUAAUUUAAUUAAUUAAUAAAUUAAUGAAGUGAUUAAUUGAUUAAAGAAGAAAUAUUAAAUAUUUUU